AUGGAUACUCUGUUUAACUUAACUGGGGUCAGCUGCUAUGGGGCAAUACCCACUUCUGCCUUUCCUGCAAGACGUUUUAUAUGGUGCAUCCUGCCACAAAUUCAACUUCUGAACUUUGAGGUUGCCCCUGUGCUGGACUUACUAGUGAGGUCAACUGAAGAAGAUUGCAUCGUUGAACUGUUGUCCUGCAAGUUUGAAGGCUCAGAACUUUUGGAGAGGCAGAAUGAUCGCUUUUCAGCAUCUAUGAGAAAUCACAUAACCUGGGAAACAGUGGAUUCCAAAUCCUUUCUGGAUGUUGAUGUGAAGUUGAAUAUCUCUCUUGAGAUCUAUACUUACCCAUUCAUAUUGCUUCCAGAAUCAACUGUUGAGGGUCCAGGAAAUUUAAUGAUGCAAGCCCUAGUGGACAGACUAGUACCGUUGCAUGUACAACAACUGCUGCAAGAUUAUGAUAAAUGGGUUCGUAGGCAACAGAAGGUCUUGCAAUGAAAAGUGGUCUCCAGAGUUCAUUCUCAGACCUAAUUGGAGUAGCACCUUGCGGAAUAUUAUCCCACAGCAGCUGCAUAACUAUUCAUUGGGCACCUUUAACAAGGCUAGAUAUUCUAUUUUCGUCUUUGCAGCGUAUAGCAACAUUUCAGUUUCCCUUACUGUGGCUUCCUUUUCUACUCCCAGAAGAUUAGGCAGAUUUACAAUAAGUUAAACCAGCACAAAGCUCAGCAUCAUCUGAACACAUAUCCCAUUCAGACUCCUAUAUGGCAGGGCCCUUGGAUAUGUGCAGAUAUCUACACAACAGCCUUCGGGAAGUGUUUCAUCAAGUCAGUGACGUCUGUGUCACUUGUAGAUGUGAAAAAUGUACUUUGCUGCAUUAUGAUGUAUUAAUAACUUUUGAAGAGCAACCCCUUUGGAAGUUGGAAGUAUAGACCAGCAGGGUCCCUGGCAUUUGAGACUCUUAUCUUGAACUCGUGACUAUUUGUGAUCUCAUCAUUGGUAUAAUUCUUCAUUCCUUUUCCUUGUUAAUGCAAUAAUUUAUGAGUGUUUGGAUCAGUAUUG